AUGACUGGAUUGUAUAUUUAUGAUUUCUUUCCAUAGGUGCAUUCUGUAUGCCUGUGUAUAUCCCUUAUAUCCUGACAGGAAAGUGGGAAUUUGGAAAAGGUCCCUGGAAGCUUUGGCUUCUUCUGGACAAUCUCAUGUGCACAGCAUCAUCAUUUAAUAUUGCUCUUAUCAGCUAUGAUCGGUACUUGUCAGUUACUAAAGCUGUGUCUUACAGGAUUCUACAGAGAAUGACUUCCAAGACUGUUAUUAUGAUGGGGGCAAUUUGGGUGUUUGCAUUCUUACUCUAUGGCCCAGCAAUUAUCAUUUGGGAAUAUGUGGCUGGCUGCAGCAUUGUACCUGAUGAUGAAUGUUAUCCUGAAUUCAUCUACAACUGGUAUUUUACUCUGUGUGCUUCAGUCUUUGAGUUCUUCAUAUCUUUGAUCUCCAUUGCCUAUUUCAACUUUCAUAUCUUCCAGAAUAUACAAAAGUGUCUGUGAAGCCCCACCCAUCAGCUUUCUGAAAAUUCAAAGAG